AUGACUUCUGUGGUGGUGUCAGAUGGAGGAGGGAAUAUAGUGGAGUAUGUCACCAUGGUGGAGGAGCCUCAACAAUGUGAGCAGCAGCCUACAGAAGAGGAGGAGGAAGAUGACGAAGUCAUUCAGCAGGAGGUAGAGACAGUGAUUGUGGGAGAAGGUGAGGAGGAAGUCCUUCAGCAGGAGGUAGAGGCGGUGAUUGUGGAUGGUGGUCAUGAGGUGGAAGAGACGGGACCUGUAAUAGUCCAGGAGGGAGGCUGUCCUGCGGUGAUUGUGGAAGAGGUGGCCACUGCCCAAGUGGAGGAGUGUUACUCUGCACAGGUUCUAGUCUAUGACAACGAGACUUACCUGAUGCAGGAUGUGGCUGAAGAGCAGGAGGUUGUCACAGAGACUGUCGAGAUCUCAGGCCAGGACAUGGUGUGUUUUGAUAAAACAUUUGAAGCAGCUGAAGCUCUUCUCCAUAUGGAGUCCCCUGGAGGGUUGCAAGACCGCAACACGGCGGAAGACGUGAUGAUGGAGACUGUAGUGGAGGUUUCUACAGAGUGUGGACCCAUUGAGGAGGAGGAAUCCUUCCCUAUCCCGCCUGAUUGUGAACCUGUUUCUAAAAAGAAGAAAGGAGGCGGGCGUAAGACAAAGAUACACCAACCUACAUCCAAUGGUUCCUUUGAACUGGGGAUGAAGAAGAGACAAAGGGAAGGAAAAGGCAACACCACCUACCUGUGGGAGUUUUUGCUGGAGCUGUUGCAGGACAAGAACACUUGUCCUCGGUACAUUAAGUGGAUGCAGCGGGAAAAGGGCAUCUUCAAACUGGUAGACUCCAAGGCUGUCUCCAAACUUUGGGGAAAACACAAGAAUAAGCCCGAUAUGAAUUAUGAAACAAUGGGGCGAGCCCUGAGAUAUUAUUACCAACGUGGCAUCCUUGCAAAGGUGGAGGGUCAGAGGUUGGCUUACCAAUUCAAAGAUAUGCCAAAGAAUAUUCGGGUCAUUGAGGAUAAUGACGAAGGUGAAGACAGCGAGCAUAUGUUGUCCAGCCAGCAUGGUUCUGAAAUCCUGGGCAUCAACCCGACUGCUGCCUACCAACCUCAGCAGACCUAUGUCACAAUCAUCCCCAACAGCAGCACCGCCAGGCCCAUUCGUGCCAUGCCUGUGGUCAUGACCAACUCUCUUGGUCAAGUGACAUUAAACUCUUCCCCCAUCCUAACCACCACCCCAGGAGCGCCAGUUACGGUAGCUAGCGCGCCACAGAAAUUGGUCAUUCAGACCCUGCCCACCGUGCUCCCGUCUGGUUCCAAAGCAGGUGAGAAAAUAACAAUCAUCACAAUCCCGGCGAACCAGCUCGCCACGCUCAUGCAGGCAAAUCCGUCGGGCCAGGUGACCCAGCUGGUACAGGCCAAACCUGUCGCAACGCAAUUAGCUCAGACUGUCACAAAGCCCUCAACAACUUCUACAGUCCAUCUAGCGACUGGCACACCAGUGCCACAGCUCAUCCUAGCCAAACCGCAGGUCUCUGUACAUGUCCAAAGUCCCGCCCAGCUGAAGAAGUCGUCCGGCAGUCAGCCGCAAGCAGCACAAUCGGAGGCGCCGUCCCUCUCCAGUCAACCGGUAGCGGCCGACGAAAGCCCGGCUUCAUGA